UUUUCCCGCAUCAUUUAAUGCCUACUUUUAAGAUGGUGUUAUUUCAUGUCAAUUUUUGAAUUGCGAACCUCCCACCGUAUCCUCUCCGUAGAGUUGUAGACAGACUCUGCUAAUAAAGAUUGCCCAGUGAAUGAAUGUGAUGACCUGAUUUUCAGUUAUUUCCCCAAACCCAAAUUCAGAUUGUUUAUACAUUGACCAGAUAUUUAACUCUUUCUUUUCCAGUUUGAGUACUCCACUCUUCACAAUUUCUCACCUUUCACCUCAUUUGAAUCUCUCAGACUAAAGACGUUGCUUGCACGACCUCUGCUUAUAUUAUUAUUAAAAAAAGGAGUCAGCAGAGAAAAGGGUUUUGGAAUUUUUUCGUUGUGCCUGAUGAUCGAGGAUAAGACCAAUUUACCAGUGAGCUCAGUACUUCCUGUUAGAAAAGGCUCAGCUGGAAGAAAACCAGAUAAUAUCAGCAGAGGGAAAUCAAGAGUUUCGACUAACGAGCACAGAGUUCUUUCCUGCUAUCGCAACCCUUUUAUGCAUUCAUCUAAUAAUGGAAGUAUUUCGACUGGAACUGUAGAGAAAGGUCAAGAUAUUCUCCCUCAUUAUCUGAGGGCUUCAGCUGGUUCUUGCCACGACUUGUGUAAAUAUGGAAGGAAACAUUCUUUUGAAGAAGAGUCAAAGUAUCCUCUAUCAAAAAGAACUAACAAACCACCUGCCGAUGAGCCAAUAAAACUUACAUUAAUGGUGAAACGACCAUCUUUGCCUAGGACUCUAGAAAGCGUUGUUGCAAGAAGCAGGAGAAAUAGUGAUGUUAGUCUUAGAAAAGAAAAGAUGGUACCAAAAGCAUCUGCAAUUAAGUCUUUGAAGUCCCAAGCUGGUUUAUCGGCUCCUCUGAAGAACCCAAACAAGAUACAGAAAGAUGGAACCGAUAAAUUGAAUGCUGAAAAGGUAUCAUCUAAGAAAACCAUGCAUUUGGAAACUGAGAAAAAUCUUUUAGAGCCUGAACAGGAUGGUAACAUCAUGUUGUCACUUCAACAGCCAUCAAUUUCAUUUCCCGAAUCAUACUUUCCUUUGUUAUCUAAUGAUGAAGAAAAAGAAGAGGAGAUUGACUGCUCGGAAGAUGUGUACACAUCUUGUGAAGCGUUAAACAAAGCUGAAGUAGAAACUGUAGAUCAGAAAAAGAUCUUUAGCAAGGGCAAUGCAGGUGUUUCCAAAAGUAAUGAUCCUUCAGUUGUGAAACUGAAGUUCAAGAGGGGGAAGGUAAUUGAUGGCAAAGAAAGUUGUAGCAAUCCUAACUCAGGAAAAGUUGUUUUGAGACAUCAAGAUUUGCAGGAGAAGAAAGAUGCUCAGGUUUUGCUCAAUGAUGUGAUUGAAGAGACGGCAAGCAAGCUCGUCGAAAGCAAGAAGAGCAAGGUUAAAGCUUUGGUUGGUGCUUUUGAAACCUUAAUUUCCCUACAAGAGAAUAAGCCUUCUGCACUGACAGUUUCUUGAUUAACAAACAGAAUUUCUAUAAAGCCUGUAGUUACAGAUACCUAUAGAACUAAUUUCAAUGGUAAUGUAUGAUAAUGAGCUUUUCUGACAUGGCUGGGCACUGUUUCUCCAGCUACUGUUUCUGACUAAGUUCUUACCCAUUUCUUAACGGGUAUUUCGGUAUUUUCUUCAAGACUGAAUAAAAUCCAAUGUCUCAGGAUGUUCUAGGAAAAGAAAAUUGAAGCAAGAGUACCAUAUGUCUUCUAAAUAUGUGGUGUUUGAAUGUAAUAUAUAUCUUCUGAGGUUGGAUACU